AUCGUCCAGGUACUCACAUUUCCAAUCGAGUAAAUCUUCAUUCCCACCACUGCUUUCCUCUACCUUCGCUUUCUCUUUUUCUUCUCCUCUGUCCAUGGUAUCUAGGGUUUUUGUCCUGCUGGAACUACGUAUCGUUGUCUCCCUCGCUAAGCUUAUUUGCAUUGGGACAUCUAAUUGAUGUGUUUUUAGAGUUCUAACCAAUCUGCACUCAUCUAGAAAUCAUUGUUGUUGCUUUGGAAGCCUAGGCAGUGCGAGCAUCUUGCAGCAUGUUGAAAAGCAAUUGAUUCUUUUGACUAGGAAAGCAAAAUUACAUAUGGCAGGACAAGUGGCUUUCUGUUCAAGUUUUAACCUGCUUGACAAUGGACGGUUCUCAAAACAACAACUCUUCAUGCCUAAAAGUUCACCUAUGGGAUUUUGCUUUGAGAGUUGUAAAGUAUCCCGCUUGCCAUCAUUGAGCGUUCGGAAGGCCAUUACACCGUACUUAAUAAAACUGGAGAGAAGAUCAAACAUGCAGAGUUGCAAGAGGUGCUUUUGCCUAGCAUCUCUGGUUGAUGCUGACGCUGCAGUAACUUUCGAAUGGGUUCCUACCAUUGACCAAAUGCUUCUCAUGACUAGUAUAGUGCUUACAUAUAUAGCUGGAGUGAUACCUUCCGAAGAAAAUUCUGCUUUAGAUGCUAGAGGAAAGAUCCAAAGCGGAAAUGUUGACACUGAAGGAUCAUCCGUUUUGGGUAGUGAGAGGAAAAAUGAUGAUCGCAUCAGCAUAGAGUUUGCAUGGGAUGUAGUAAAAGGAAAACUGAUGAAUUCUCUCUCUUCCAUAAAACGAGGGGAUAUUGGUGCUACAAGCCUUGCAUCUGAACAGAGACAUGGAAAACAGCCUUCAAAUUUGUCUGCCCUUGCUCAAGGUCCAAGGUUAAGGUUGAUGUGGACGUCUUUUCAGUUACUCAAGAAAGAGGUUGAUAAUAUUUCUGCAAAUGCUGUUACCUUUAGCAGUGGUAACCUGUUGGCCAUUUUUAAUGAUGUCAUUCAGACGUUGUGUCAGCCUUUAUGUGUUACUUGGCUGGAAGAGGAACUCUCUUUGAGAAAUGGCAAUACUAACAAGGAAUGUCUUUCUUCACUGGUUAAUAACUUAAACGGAUAUGGAGUCCUGACAAACAUCAGAAAGUCGGGGAAGGACCAUCUAUUUGCUGAAUUAAUCUGUGUUCUUAGAUUUGGUUCUGUCAGGAAAGCUGGCUUUUAUAGUGAUAGCUUGUUUAUGGAGCAUGGAGUCUCUAUACUGGAGGAUUUGGUGAUAAUGUUGGCAGAUGGGAUCGCAAGUAUGUAUUUGGAGCUUAUGUCUGUUGAUAGUAGUAUGUCAAAUGAAAUGAACAACGUAGGGUUGAGUUUGUGUACAUUGUCAACGCGGGCACUUCAGAAAUUACGCAAUGAGGUUGCUCUGAAACAAUGGUUGCAUCAGAACAUGGACGCAGUUGUUUCCAUGUACGAAGAUCGGUUUGACUUGUGCACAUUGCAAUGCCAUCUUAUCGAGGAAUCUAGCAAGAACAAAGUUCAAAAUGUGAAGUGGUGGGAGAAGCUUAGGGUGAUGAGUUCUCAGCCUGUUUUAUCUCAACUGAAUACUGUUGUGAUCAACCAAAUCUCUGUAGCUGUUAAACGAACCAAGGAACUUAGGGCCUUAACUGGGUGGAGAUAUUACUACAGUCUUCUCCUUGAAUUGGCUGAUAUUGCAAUGCCGGUGAUAAGAACUGUUAUUUCUAAGCUGAGCGAUGCUAUCUCAUUCUUUUUGGUUUGCUUGAUAGGACGGUCUUUGGGGCUUAUCUACACUGGGAUAAGGCAAUCCCUCCGGUGGAAGUAAGAUUAGCAGUAGUCAGUUUCCUUUUUGUGUUCGCUACAAAUUUUCAACUCAUUUUCUUCAUUGUUUAUAGAUGUACUCAGAAUACCAGCUUCAAUUCUUUAUAGGCCCAUUUGAGCAUUCCCUGGUUAGAUUUUAACUUCACAAUUCAGUUUGUUUCCUAGUACCAGUUAAGAUUCAUACUGUUGAAGGAAUGUGCUAAAAGUUCCUUUUCUA